AUGGCCUUGCGGCCCGUGAUGAGCUCAAGCAGCCACUCCAAAGCUGUAGAUAUCCGACUUCAAAGUAAGUUUGCCACUCAUGGCAUACUCGGGCGCACAGUAUCCGUAUGUCCCCAUCACUCGGUUCGGCACAUGGCUAUUGUCCCCAACGGGCCCAAGCUUGGCCAGCCCAAAAUCCGAGAGCUUCAUAUUAUACUCAUUGUCCAAAAGUAUGCUGCCCAUAGGCAUGAACUCAUAAACGAGCAGCCUCUGGUUGCCAUCCGUGUAGUAGCCGAUCAAGUUGACGAGGUUUGGGUGGUGGAGAAGGCUAAGCAUGAGAACUUCCACUAUGAAUUCAUGAUUCCCCUGAAAGCCUUCCAGAUUGAGCUGCUUCACUGCAACAAUCUAAUCACCCGAAAAUCAGCUGAUUUAAAACGGGCCAAACGGUCCCUGUUCUAUGCUUUCGGAUAA